CACGAUCUUAGUGCGUAACCCUUAUCGUUGUAGUCGUUAAAACGAGGUGCGCACCGUCGCGUGGAACAUAUCUUGCGCCCAGAAAGGUCGAGCACUCACUAGUGUCAUGGCGUCUGCGCUGGGCCGGCCACCGCGCUCGCCAAUGCUGGAGCGCCACGUACGCUCUCUGACACUGCCGCAGUACGCGGACGCCCCGCGGCAUCCAUACGCCGCGACGUCGCCCGCGCACUGGGCGCCAAUGUGGGCGUGGUUUGAAGCCUUGGGCUACGAAGACCAGCACGACGUGCUUUGCUUUGUCGAUGCGCCGUGGAUCGGUAUGCUGCGGACCUUGCACUCGGUCGUCCUCGACCGCAAGCACGAAGAUGGCGUCUUCCUCGUCGUGCCCAGCACCGUGGAUGCCAACACCACCAAGAAGCCAAGUCGAGGCAAGCAGCGCGAUCCAAAGCCGACUACGCCGCUGCUCGAGCGCUGUGCGUUUGUGCCGUGGGCCUCGUUGCACGCUUCGGCGGUGGACGAGACGACAGCGUCGCCACGUGCGAACGCAGCAUUCAUGUCGGCAAGCCGCCAACUCCUCGCCAGCGUACGGCUAUGGGACCACGAUACGUACGCGGACGGGUGCUGGAUCAAGCGCAGCGGCUGCAUACGCCAAGGCGCCUUCCAGCACUUGCUCGAGCUCGUCUUGCAACACGGAUACCGUCGGCUGGGUCCACCGGGGUGUCAAGAUGACAGGCGAUCUGCGCACCCCGAGGCCACGACCUUGUCGGCGUUCGUGGCGCUGCGCGUCCUCGAGCACUUGAUCGAGGUGUUUCGGGGCACGGUGGCGCGCUCGCUGACGCUCUCGGCGCGGUUUGAUCGCCUGCUUUGGCUCUGGGAACACACGUCCGAGGCCGACCAGAAAGAACUGCUCACCUCUCCAAUGCCUGAGCGGAUCCAGCGCCUCCGCAACGCUGCCGACAUCCCCGAGAGCGAGAUGCUGCUGCACUUGGCUGGCCACCAGCUCCUCGACGAGCUCGAAAACAACGUGCUCAAUGACGCACGCUUCGUCGCCGAGUCGCUGUAUACAUCGACGCUGAGUCGGUGCGGCACGGCGAUCGACUUGGUCGCACGCGAGAUUGGCCACGAUCUCCAAGCGGCGGCGACAGAGCAAAAGUCGGCGCGCUUGCUUCGCACCAAGGACAGUGGACCCAAGCCGGCCAAAACCCGGCGCCCGAAAAGCAAGAAGCGGGGCGAGAAGAAGGCUGCGACCUCGCCCGCAACGAGCCGCCACAGCAACGACACAUAUGGCGACGACCGCGUGGACAUGGAGGAGGACGCGACAGCGCCCGUCACGAGCGCAUCGUCCAAGCUCAACCCGUCGUCACCAACGUUCGUGGUCCAGUCGCCCGAGACCGCGUCAACGUGCUCGAGUGGUGACAGUAGCUGUCAAGUGUACCAGCUGCCGGACGCCAACGACGACUACUUGGUGAUGCCGCCGAUGUCAUCGUCGUCGAUGGCUGUGCUGCGAUCGGACGCGUCACUCGUCGAGACGUUCACGCUCGCGCUUCACGAUGACAUACUUGACAUGUACGCCAUGCUCCAGGACAUUGUGAGUCGCCGUCGCCCGUGGCAGAUUUGUGUCGUGACGCACCUCAAAGAGUGUGUUGCGCGGCUCUGGCCCAACGCCGAGGUCCACGUCUUUGGCUCGUUCGCAACCGGCCUGAGCUGCCCCAAGUCGGACGUAGACCUGCUCAUCACCGGCGCCGCGUACGACCGCAAGCGCACCUCGAGCGUCGAGCUUCUGGCGUCGCUCCUUCGGCACGAACCCUGGGUGCAGGCGAUCCAGGUCAUUGAGCGCACAACGAUUCCGCUUGUAAAAGUGACAACCGCCGCCGUACCCUCGUCGUUUGGUGACGCGCAGGGCGUCAUCCGACUCGACAUCAGCUUUGACCAGCCGCAGCACCGCGGCAUCGAGACGUGCAUGUACGUCCAGCGCCUCGUGUCAGUCUUGCCCGAGCUGCCUCCGCUCAUGCUCGUGCUCAAGCAGCUGCUACUAGAGCACGACCUCAACGACAGCUACUCGGGCGGUCUCUCGUCGUACGCGCUGACGCUGCUGCUCGCGAGCGUGCUCCGCCCCUUACAGCUGGUCGCGCCCGCGCACCGACCCAACCUCGGCGAGCUUCUCCUGCACUUUUUGCAGCUCUUUGGCCGCGACUUUGAUCCGCAGCAGUGGUUCGUCCGGAGCACCCACGGCGGCCCCCUAAUCCCACUGGUCGACGGUUUUCUGCACGGCGCCGGCGACGUGGUCGUCGUUGAAGACCCGCUUCGACCCGAGCACAACGUGGCCAAAGCCAGCUUUGGCUUCAGCCGCGUCCAGCAAGCGCUGCUCGAUGCGCUUCUGCGUAUCGAGGACCUCAUGCCGACGUUCGCGGCGAUCGUGGGCCAAUGCGCGAUCGGCGGCUACGCGACGCCCGAGCACGACCUGCACGCGUGGGCGACGGGCCAAGAGAAGAGCGUGCUGGGCGCGGCGUUUCAGGUGCCGCACCACGUGCACCUCGUGCAGCAACUGCGGUACCUCUGGAGUCCCCUCGACGAGACUGACGACAGCAACGACGACGAUGAAAACCCGCUCGCCCUCGAGGACUACAGCGACAAGAACGAUCAUGUUGACGCCUGGGCGGCUGACGCGGCCGACCUCCUCGAUGCGCUGGCAACCAGCAUCUGCGUCGCAUGCCACGGCGAGCACGGCGCACACCGUCGCGAGUGCCCUAUUGCGCGGCUCCUCGCACGCUACGAGCACCUCGUGCACUAGACUGGGUUUCGAACUGUCUUUGGUGAACCAUAGACAUGUUGGCGACAGCGCAUUUCUGUAAAACGUAGCGUAACUCGAUAUGCAUCAUCGGCGGCUUGCAGAGGCCAACGCGCUUGUCAACACUAUA